AUGGCUCUUCCUCGCAGCCUCGCAUUUCGAGCAUUGCGACCCUCCCCGACGGCGUUCUGUCCUAAGCCAGCGAGGUAUUUAUCCUCGCUACAGAAACUCAUUCCUACGCCUCCAACGACUUGCAAUUCGGUAAAGACCAUCGCCAAUUCGCAACGGUGGUUAUCCAUACAGCAAGCCCGUACGUUCUCUUCUACUCGAAAAUUAUUUGAGUCACAGGAGGCCCCAUCGGCGCAAGCGUACCUGGCUUCGGGUGCAAUCGCCGGCGGGAGGGAUUUGGUGGACGUUACCAAAGUCCUGGUUAUCGGGAGUGGGGGUCUGAGCAUUGGGCAGGCAGGAGAAUUUGAUUACUCGGGCUCCCAGGCUAUCAAGGCCUUGAAGGAGGCGGGGAAGAAGUCGAUUCUGAUUAAUCCUAAUAUCGCGACUAUUCAGACCUCACAUUUCCUUGCGGAUGAGGUUUAUUAUUUGCCUGUUACUCCCGAGUAUGUGUCACAUGUGAUUGAGCGGGAACGACCUGAUGGUAUUUUUUUGACCUUUGGUGGUCAAACUGGCCUCAAUGUCGGUGUUCAGAUGGAUAAGAUGGGUAUUUUCGACCGUAUGGGCGUUAAGGUUCUGGGAACUCCGAUCAAGACAUUGGAGACCAGUGAGGACCGGGACUUGUUUGCGAAGGCAUUGAACGAAAUUGAGAUCCCGAUCGCAGAGUCUAUCGCCGUUAACUCGGUAGACGAAGCUCUUGAUGCCGCCGAAAAGAUCGGUUAUCCGAUUAUCGUCCGUUCUGCAUAUGCUCUUGGUGGUCUUGGAUCUGGGUUCGCUAAUGACAGGGAAGAGCUCCAUGAUCUCUCCGCUCGUUCACUCUCUCUUUCACCGCAGAUCCUUGUCGAGAAAUCGCUCAAGGGCUGGAAGGAGGUCGAGUACGAGGUUGUCAGGGAUGGAUCAAACAAUUGUAUCACAGUUUGCAACAUGGAGAACUUUGAUCCAUUGGGAAUUCACACCGGUGAUUCCAUUGUCGUGGCUCCAUCUCAGACUCUGAGCGACGAGGAGUACCACAUGCUCCGAUCUGCCGCUAUCAAGAUCGUUCGACACUUGGGAGUCGUCGGCGAGUGCAACGUUCAGUAUGCUCUCCAGCCCGAUGGAUUGGACUACAGGGUCAUCGAAGUUAACGCCCGUCUCUCUCGUUCCUCCGCACUUGCUUCCAAGGCUACCGGUUAUCCUCUUGCGUACACCGCCGCUAAAAUCGGUCUCGGACACACUCUUCCAGAAUUGCCAAAUGCUGUUACAAAAACCACCACUGCCAACUUUGAGCCUUCACUCGAUUACAUCGUCACCAAGAUCCCCCGCUGGGAUUUGAGCAAAUUCGCUCAUGUCAAGCGUGACAUUGGUUCUUCCAUGAAAUCUGUUGGUGAGGUUAUGGCAAUCGGGCGUACCUUUGAGGAGUCCAUCCAGAAGGCAAUUCGCCAGGUCGACCCUCAAUUCCUCGGUUUCCAGGGUGCCAAGUUCGACGACCUCGACUUUGAACUUGCCAACCCUUCGGACCGCCGAUGGCUCGCCGUGGGCCAGGCAAUGCUUCACGAGAACUACACCGUCGACCGUGUCCACGACCUCACCAAGAUCGACAAGUGGUUCCUAUACAAGCUCCAGAACAUCGUAGACAAGCACAGAGAACUUGUAGAAGUCGGCUCCCUCUCCGGCAUAACCCGCGACAUUAUGAGCUCCGCCAAAAAGAUGGGUUUCUCAGAUAAGCAGAUUGCGGGAUGCGUAAACUCCGUUGAACAAGAAGUCCGCGCUCGCAGGAAGAGCUUCGGUAUCAAGCCCUUCGUCAAGAAAAUUGAUACACUGGCAGCUGAAUUCCCGGCGGAUACGAAUUACCUGUACACAACCUACAACGCCAUCAGCCAUGACGUCGAGUUUGACACUCAUGGGAUUGUAAUUCUUGGCUCAGGUGUUUACCGCAUCGGUUCUUCCGUAGAAUUCGACUGGUGCGCCGUCUCCUGCACUGUGGCACUUCGAGAAAUGGGGAAGAAGACCAUCAUGAUAAAUUACAACCCGGAGACGUACUCCACCGACUUUGACACGGCCGACAAACUCUAUUUCGAGGAACUAAGCUACGAGCGAGUAAUGGACAUCUACGAACUCGAAUCUGCGGCAGGUGUCGUGGUCUCCGUUGGUGGUCAACUCCCCCAGAACAUUGCCCUCAAACUCCAGAACAACGGUGCUAGGGUCCUCGGAACCAACCCAGAAGACAUCGACCGUGCCGAAGACCGUCACAAGUUUUCGAAGAUCCUAGAUAGCAUCGGCAUCGACCAACCUGCCUGGAAGGAACUCACGAGCGUGGAAGAAGCCCGCACCUUCGCCGAGGAAGUCUCUUACCCGGUCCUUGUCCGACCAAGCUAUGUCCUCUCCGGCGCAGCAAUGAGUGUAAUCCGCAACGAAGCGGAACUCGAAGCAAAGUUACUGAACGCAUCGAGCGUGAGCCCCGACCACCCUGUCGUGAUCACAAAGUUCAUCGAGGGCGCCAUGGAAAUCGACGUCGAUGCCGUAGCCUCGAACGGGAACCUUAUCGUGCAUGCCGUAUCCGAGCACAUUGAGCCCGCAGGCGUACACUCCGGCGACGCAACACUAGUCCUUCCACCGGUCACACUGGACGAAGAGACAAUGUCUCGCGUGAAGCAGAUCGCAGAGAAAGUUGCGAAGGCCUGGGAAAUCACAGGACCCUUCAACAUGCAGAUCAUCAAAGCCACCGAAAAAAAUAAGGUGGCCCUAAAAGUAAUAGAAUGUAACCUCCGCGCCUCCCGCUCCUUCCCCUUCGUCUCCAAGGUCCUUGGCACAAACUUCAUUGACGUCGCCACGAGGGCGCUCAUCAAUAAAGAAGUGCCCGCACCAACGGACCUGAUGAUGGUGAAGCGCGACUAUGUCGCCACCAAGGUGCCGCAAUUCUCCUGGACCAGGCUGGCGGGUGCGGACCCCUACCUCGGCGUGGAAAUGGCGAGCACGGGGGAGGUGGCGUGCUUCGGUAAGGACCUCGUGGAGGCGUACUGGGCCUCGCUGCAAUCCACUAUGAACUUUAAGGUGCCACAGCCCGGUACGGGCCUGCUGUUCGGCGGUGACACGACGGAGAGGGACCUUAAGGCCGUUGUAAAAUUCCUUGCGCCGAAGGGGUAUAAACUAUACGCUGUCUCCCCCACUGUGAAAGCGCACCUAGAAGAAGCAGGAGUCAGUGUCGAACUCAUCGAAUUCCCGAAAACGGACAAGAGGAAGCUUAGGGAGGUGUUCCAGAAGUAUGACAUCUCGGGCGUUUUCAAUCUGGCAAACGCGAAGGCGAAGUCGUUGGUUGACGAGGACUAUGUCAUGAGGAGGAAUGCUGUGGAUUUCAAUGUUCCGUUGUUUAUGGAGCCUAAGACCGCCGUGCUCUUCGCCCAAUGCCUUAGUGAAAAGCUACCACUUGAGAGAGAGAAGAUUCCCGGAGAGGUUAAGAGGUGGUCGGAGUUCAUUGGCGGGAAGCCGUUAUAGGGUUGUAAUUUGUAGUAUUAUGGGCGACGAACAAAGAUAAUUUUACUUUUUUGCCUUUAACAUUUUUUCUCCCUUCUCGUGCGGUAGUUUAUUUUGCUCCUCCUCUCUUUGGUCGUGGUUUUUGGGCGAUGUUUGGACAAAAAAAAAGGGUUAUUCUUGGUGUGAUUUAAUUCGAUUAGUUUAUUGAGGUGAUUUUGGCUGGAACCGGGCGGAAGGAAAGGUAGGGUGGGUGGAUGGAUGGAUGAAUGGGUGUUGUAUAUAUAGGUCUGGGGGGGCAUCAAAAGUCGCUCAUUUUUGGUUCU